UUUCUGCUAAGACUGAGGAAUUGAUAAUCAACUUCACUCUGCAGGCUCACCAGUUAGAGAGCGAGACCUAAAAGGGUACAACUGGAGAUGGUGGGAAGAAGCGAGAGACAAAGGGGUUUAUAAGAAGAUAUAGGAACCAUUUCUCAAGCUGAAGACAAAGUAAAAGCAAACUGUAUCAUGUGUUAAAAUACCGAAGGGUGAAAUUUCUUGGAUUAGUAUAUUUCUGGAUUGCAAAGGAAAGGAAAGAAGAGACUGAAAAUGGGGAGGAAGAAAAUACAAAUCACGAGAAUAAUGGACGAACGGAACAGACAGGUCACCUUUACGAAGAGGAAGUUUGGAUUAAUGAAGAAGGCGUAUGAGUUGAGUGUACUCUGUGACUGUGAAAUAGCGCUCAUCAUUUUUAACAGCUCUAACAAACUCUUUCAGUAUGCCAGCACUGAUAUGGACAAAGUUCUACUUAAAUACACAGAAUACAACGAGCCCCAUGAAAGCAGAACCAACUCAGAUAUCGUUGAGACCUUAAGAAAGAAAGGCCUUAAUGGUUGUGAGAGCCCUGAUGCUGACGAUUACUUUGAGCACAGUCCACUAUCGGAGGACAGAUUCAGCAAACUAAAUGAAGAUAGUGAUUUUAUUUUCAAGCGAGGCCCUGCUCUGAACAAGAAGGAACACAGAGGGUGUGACAGCCCGGACCCUGACACUUCAUAUGUGCUCACGCCACAUACAGAAGAAAAAUAUAAAAAAAUUAAUGAAGAGUUUGAUAAUAUGAUGCGGAAUCAUAAAAUCGCAGUGAGUACUAAACCUGGCUUGCCUGCUCAGAACUUCUCCAUGUCGGUUACAGUUCCAGUGUCCAACCCCAACACUUUAACCUACAGUAACCCAGGGAGUUCCCUCGUAUCCCCAUCACUGGCAGCCAGCUCAUCGUUAACAGACACGACCAUGCUCUCCCCACCUCAGACCACGCUGCAUCGGAACGUAUCACCUGGGGCCCCGCAGAGACCACCAAGUACUGGCAAUGCUGGUGGAAUGCUGGGGACAACUGACCUCUCAGUGCCAAAUGGAGCUGGUACCAGUCCAGUUGGAAAUGGGUUUGUGAAUUCUCGAGCUUCACCAAGUCUGCUCGGCACUGCUGGCGGUGGGAAUGGCCUGGGCAAAGUCAUGCCUACCAAGUCUCCACCUCCACCUGGAGGAGGAAAUCUGGGAAUGAACAAUCGCAAACCGGACCUCCGUGUUGUCAUCCCACCCUCCAGCAAGGGUAUGAUGCCACCACUGACGGAGGAGGAUGAAUUGGAGUUGAACACCCAAAGGAUAAGCAGUUCUCAGUCCACGCAGCCCCUCGCUACCCCCGUGGUGUCUGUGACAACUCCCAGCUUGCCGCCGCAGGGACUCGUGUACUCGGCCAUGCCCACUGCCUACAACACUGAUUACUCCUUGACUAGUGCAGACCUGUCUGCCUUGCAGGGAUUUAACUCCCCAGGAAUGCUGUCUUUAGGGCAGGUAUCUGCCUGGCAGCAGCACCAUCUUGGUCCAGCAACCCUCAGCUCCCUCGUUUCUGGCAGCCAGUUAUCUCAGGGUUCAAAUCUAUCCAUUAACACCAACCAAAACAUCAACAUCAAAUCGGAACCGAUUUCACCUCCCCGGGACCGCGUAACUCCCUCUGGGUUCCCGCAGCAGCCCCCGCAGCAGCCGCAGCCCCCGCAGCCCCCACAGCAGCCACCGCAGCGCCAGGAGUUGGGCCGCUCUCCUGUCGACAGCCUCAGCAGCUCCAGCAGCUCCUACGACGGCAGCGACCGGGAGGAUCCACGCAGCGAUUUCCACUCUCCUGUGGUGCUGGGAAGGCCACCAAAUUCAGAAGAUAGGGAGAGUCCGUCAGUAAAACGAAUGAGGAUGGACACGUGGGUGACAUAAACUUGCGGUGUUGCCUCUUCAGUUUUGUGCUCUCAAAAUGAACUGUCCUGACAUAUCUAAAUUUAUAAAUAAGGACAUGAAAUAAGUAUAUUUAUAUGUAUAUACAUACGUGCAUAUAUAUAUCUUCACAUGCAUAUAUAUGUGCUAGUGUGUGUAGCAUACACAGAAUCAUCAGGCACUUAUUACAAACUUCUUGUAUAGCUGCAGAUGUCCCAUGGUAAAACGUAACAGAACAAUCCUAUAGGUAUUGAUCUAGUCUGGCACUUACCUGGACUUGUUGUUUUAAUAAUAUAACCUGUUUUGCAAAGAAACAUUGUACCCGUAUUAUAAUCCUACCACACUAGAUUGCAGAAACCAAGAGGGCUCGCCUGUAGUAACGUCCCUGUGUGUUUUAUUAAAGCUGUAUGGUUACUCGUAGUUAAGAAAUAAUGCUUUGUAGCAGCAGAGCAGUAGAAAAGCAGGAAGAAGAAAGCAAUACUGUACAUAAAAUGACCUUUAUAUUACCCCACCUGGCAUGGGUCUCUAUUGCAGAGGGUGCAUGGAGAAGGGCUGAUGCUAGAGAAAAUAAAAAAACAAAAACCCUGUUUUGCACGUGCAAAAAAAAAAAAAAAAUAGUAUUGGGUCAAAGAAGUGAUUUUUUUAACGAGUGAGAGAAAGGCAGAAUAGAGAACUCGCAUGAAAUAUUCAGAAGAUAUUAGCCUAGGAAAUAGAGCAUUAACAAAGUAAAAGUAAUAUAUUAAGUUAUAAUUGGGAUAUGUUGGACAAAUUUGUUUUUACGUUCGUACCUUUGAGAAAUAUAGAAGCGGAUUUUAGCUCGUGUAUAUUUUAUAUUAAAGAAAACAAUACCCGAAUGAAUUGAAGACUAUAUAUAAAGUUAUAUACAGUACUUUUGAACACAUUCUGCUAUGAAUUAUUUAUAUAAGCCAAAGCUGUACGUUGUAGCUUUUUUGUAGAGUAUAGUUUUAUCUUAUUUUGACUUUCUAGUUUUUGCUUUCAGAGAUGAAAAGGAAAAACUUGCAGGCGGAACCUUGGGGGAAAAAUAAGCCAUGAACACUUCUAUGUAAAUUGAAAUUUGAGCCAAACUCGUCGUGUAUAUAGCAUCCUAAAGAUAUGAUCACCUUGGUGUAAGUACCUCUGUAUUGUACGGUCACCAGAUAUAAAAGUCUAUUUUUGUGGAUUGACGCCGACUUGAGAAAGGCGAGGUCCUUAUUAAGUAGAGUAUUCACUGUUUAAUAUUUACUAUUUUGUUAAAUAUACUGUACUUUCUUUGGAUUUUAAUUAUUAUUAAUAUUAUUAUCCAGAUUUUUCAGAGGGUGUAUAAAGGGGUUGUUCCCCCUCACUGGUGGUGAAUGUGUGCCGUUAAAUUGUAAUCUCUGUGCUGUAUGGUUAAGCUUCAUUAUACAUUUUAUAUAUAUGUAUAUAAAUAGCAAAGUGGCAAAAAACAAACAAACAAACCCGGCGUUAAGUUCAUCCUGCAUAAAUAUAACACAUCUGCUACAACGCAUCUGACGGCAUUGGUUUAAAACCUCUUCUGAGGAGCAAACAAACACGGUGGAAAAAGCUUGACCUGAUUUGUCCUGCUAGGGAAAUAAAGAACACAUAUCAGAUGAGCACAAAGGGCUCCUGAGGUGGUAAAUGGUUUGGGAUAAAGCCGCAGCUUCAGAGGGAGACAUGCAGAACUCUUUGAGCUGCGGGAAGGGGAAGGGCAGCCAGAGCUGGGAGCAGCACCCACCUGCAGGGGAACCAGCAGCGCUCGGUGGAGCCGUCCUGCUCCGUGGGCAUUUAAUGGAGCUGUCCUGCUCUGUGGGCAUCUUGUGCCCGCUCCUGGCUCCACACAGAUCCCCUUCCUGCGUGUUCUUUCAUGCUGGGAACCAAAUUACGUACAUCUGAAUGAAUUUGCUACUGCUGGUGGUUCUGGGGAAGGAAAAAAAAAAAAUACAGCCGUGCUAUUUUGUUACUGAAAACCCUCAUCAGUAACCCCUGAUAUUUAUAAAAGCAUUUUGCCAGAUUUUUUAAAAGUAAUUAAUGGAUAUUUUAACAAAGGGGUGCGAGAAACAAAAACCCCAUGUGUUCCCACAGGGGCAGCUCAGCUGCCUUCAUGGCUGUUGGCUGUAAGGUGUGACUGGAGAUCAUGGCGACUCGCUCCAUCUCCCAGCUGUGAUGUCCUUCAGUCCCGGCUGUGGGAGCCUGGAGGGCACGGAGACUUUUCUCCCAGCACUCACUAUUUCCCAAGUGUCCGAACUCAGUUACCACUGUGGAGAUCCCUUUAAUGCUUGGAAAAGCUAUGUGGUUUUCUUCAUUAUUUAUGCACAUAUAUGAACUUUGCUGUACAUCUGAGUGGGAGUUCUGCAUUCACAUUUACUGUCUAUUUUCUUGUGUGCCUUACGAGAUGGCUUUGCUGACUGUAUCUCAAUAGUCUUUAUUUCUAUGCAGGUUUGUAAACAGUACUAUUACUGUUUUCUUAAAGAAAAAGCUACAUAAGGGUUAGAGUUUGUAUCAAAAUUGCACCUCUGAAUUAAAAACCCGACACGUUCGUUCCUAGGAGCCGCAGACGGGGCUGUUGUGGUGCUGCCCGCGCCCCAUCCCCUCCACAGCCCCUCCACAGCCCCGGCAGGAGAUGCUGAGCGCGCUCCAUCCCAGCGGGAGAACAUCCCGCCCCCGAAUAAAUGGGAAUCCUGGUUUGUAAUUACAGGUAACUUAACUUUGGAACAGACUUUUUUUAGCAAUUGUAAAGAUGUUUUGUAACGAGACAAAGACGCAGCACAGAUAUUUCAACCGCUGACAAAUACUUUUUUUAACUAAGUAAAUAUAUUGAAGUUUCAAGUGAAUCCAAUCCUGGUUUGAACCCAUUGAGGCCUGAGCGACUUCAGAUUUCUAUCUAUCUAUCUAUCUGUCUAUCUAUCUAUCUAUCUCCUGUUGUGACCAAUCAAUCGAUCACCUCUCCAUCUCCCAGCUCUCACUUUAGUAGUUACAAAUUCACACUUAUUUAAAAGUCCCCGCCAGGGAUUUGUCCCAACGCUUCAGCCUUUGCUUUCACUCCGAGGACACUAAAAGCUCCCAACCUUGAAUUGCUGUGCGCACAAGAAAUACAUAGUAAAUAAGGAACAUAACAACUCCUAACAGCCCAUCGUGGGAAGAAGUUAAAUUCGAAUGUGAAAGAAAGACUUCAAUGUAAACGUUUAAAUCUUAGUAGAAACUUUCUUCACUUUGCUGUGCAAGAGAACACUGCUUUGCUAUAUUUAAAAUGGCUUUUUUAAAAGAGAUUUAUGUAUUUGGUAAAUGUUUGUAGUCAACAGUUCACAAAGAAGCUGUUCACGGUUUAAUGAUGAUAAGCCGUUUGGCGGCACAAGCUGGACUUUGUUGCCAUCCUUGAGACGAAUCUUUUAAGAAAAAAAUAAGUUAAUCUCGAUUUUUUCCCUGAAUGUGUUGUUUUUUCUUCAAUAUACAAUAAAUAUUCUAGUGAACUUUUUAUCAAAUGGUUAAGAAAAAUGCUAGAGGUUGUUGUAAAAUAUUUGUAUCCUGCAUUCACUAAAGUAAAGAUACUGGCUUUUACUGUGUA